UAAAAUAUUAUGUAAGAUAUUGAGUCCUUGUGCCACCAACAACAGUUCUUGUUCCUACACAACAAUUAAUUAAUUCCAACGAUCUCUCGAGAAUAUUCAUUCCCUCUCUCAAAAAAAAAAUGAAGCUCUCAAACCGUGUUCUUUCAUCCAUUCUCCUGAUCUCUUUUAUCUUUCUUGCUGCCACUACAGAGAUGGGUUUGGCGGAUAAAAUAUGCAAGACACGGAGCGAUCGUUUCUCAGGUGUGUGCUUUAGUGAUAACAAUUGUACCAUCAUCUGCAGCCAAUUCAAGAAAUUUGAAAGAGGUCACUGCGAAUUCGACGGAGCCUUACGUUGUUGUUUAUGCACCAAAGCGUGUUAAAGACUAUCAUCAUAUUAUCAAGAACCAGUUGUAUUUUUGACUUCUCUCUUUAAUAUUUCUAUGUGGUUGUUGUAGAAUAGAUCUACAUAUAUAUAUAUAUAUUGAAUUAUAGACA